UCGACAUCUUGCAGAUUCGAUGACGUGGACAAAGCCGAUGGUGAGUGGAAUACCGCCGCUGCCGCGCAGCCUGCACUCUGCCGAGCUCAUCGGGUCGCGCAUGUUCGUGUUCGGCGGCUGGGUGCCCCUCGUCAUGGACGACGUCAAGGUCGCGACCCACGAGAAGGAGUGGAAGUGCACCAACACGCUCGCUUCCCUCAACAUAGACACGACGACGUGGGAGCCGCUAGCGAUGGAGGUGUUUGAGGACGCGGUGCCGCGAGCGCGCGCCGGCCACUGCUCCGUCGCCAUCAACACCCGCCUCUACAUCUGGAGCGGCCGCGACGGCUACCGCAAGGCCUGGAACAACCAGGUGUGCUGCAAGGACCUGUGGUUCCUCGAGACGGAGAAGCCGCCGGCGUCCUCUCGUGUGCAGCUAGUGCGCGCGAGCACCAACACGCUCGAGGUGUCGUGGGGCAGCGUGCCGACGGCGGAGGCCUACCUCCUGCAGCUGCAGAAGUUUGAGAUGCCACCACAGCAGGCGAUGGCACCCGCCGGCACACCGGUGCCCAUCAACACACCGAAGACGUACGAGCGCACGCCCGUCAUGGCCGUCCACCCGCCGCAGGUGAAGUCGCCCACGCAGCUGCAGACGAUCCGACUUCCCGCCGCUGCCCUCAGCUCCAUCAGCAACAACCCGGCCGGGACGACCAUCUUGCGAGCAGGGGGCGGACAGCAGCUGAAGGUCGUCGGCAGCACCGCGCAGCUGCUCAGCGGAGCUCAGAUGCGAACCAUCUCCAUCGCCGGGACGACGGCGACGGCGACGACGUCGAUGACAGGUAUCGCCGCCCUGGCGGCGGCGGCCGCGCAGACGCAGAAGAUCACGAUGACGCAGUCGUCGCCGACGACGAGCAUUCGCGUCGUCACGCCUCAGGGCACCGUCAUGACUCCGCAAGGCCUUAAGCUGCAGACCGGUCAGCAGGUGCGGCUGACGACGCCGGCCACGACCAUUCUGAAGACGGCGGCGGGGGUGGCCGGGCAGCAGCUCGGGGGCAAGCAGAUCAUCACCGUGCAGAAGACGAGCGGCGGCGUCGGGCAGCCGCAGAUCGUCACGCUCGUCAAGACGACGCAGGGCAUGCAGGUGCAGCAGGUGCAGCAGCAGCCGCAGCAGCAGCAGGCGCAGGUGCAGGUGCAACAGCCGCAGAUACAGACGGUUCCAAAGAUGUCCAUCGUGCAAGCUGGUCAGAACAGAACCAUACAGACGAUGCAACUCGCAGGGGUGAGUGACCGCGAGCGAGUUAUACACUACGAGCGAUUCAUGCGCGAGAUAUAUACUACGAGAGAGACGUCAACGUGCAAGACCACAGACACGGCGACGACGAGCAAGAAGGAGGGAGCGGAGACGAACACGACCGACAGCGCGGCCGCACAACCGCCCCCUGGCGGCGCAAAGGCGCAACCGCCCGCAGCGUCGCAGGAGGUUGAAGAGGAGCAGAAAGCCACGUCGCCGGUCGUCGUCGUGACGACGGACUGCCCUCGUCUGCAGUAUCCCGCUGCUUCCAUGACGACGUCCACCAUGACAGCGUGUCUCACGGCUUCGCAUAUCGGUCUGACUCACACCACCGACAGGUAG